UGCGCAGGCGUGGCCCCGCCCCCGCCCGGGCCGCGCGCGCCGUUUCCGCCCGGACGGUCUCGGGCGCGACUUCCCCGGGGAACGGCGGCGCCGGGCGUCGCGCCGGCCCAGCCCCGGGAUGGCGCCGCAGCCCCCCGAGUCCGUGGAGGCGCUGUCUGCCGCGGGCAACGAGAGCUUCCGCAACGGCCAGUUCGCCGAGGCCUCCGCGCUCUACAGCCGCGCACUGGAGGCGCUGCAGGCGCAAGGCUCGUCGGACCCCCAGAAGGAAAGUGUCCUCUACUCCAACCGGGCAGCCUGCCAUCUGAAGGAUGGGAACUGCGCCGACUGCAUCCAGGACUGCACCACGGCCCUGGACUUGGUUCCCUACAGCCUGAAGCCCCUGCUGCGGCGAGCGGCAGCCUACGAGGCCCUGGAGAAGUACCCCCUGGCCUACGUCGACUACAAGACAGCGCUGCAGAUCGACGACCGCGUGACCUCAGCCUUGGAUGGCGUCAACAGGAUGACCAGAGUGCUCAUGGGCUCCCACGGGCCUGAGUGGCGCCUGAAGCUGCCCACCAUCCCCUUGGUGCCUGUCUCCGCUCAGAAGCGGUGGGACGCCGUGCCCCCCACGGAAGCUGCCACGGCAAAGAGAGUGCCUUCUGCUGGGGAUGUGGAGAGAGCCAGAGUUCUGAAGGAAGAAGGCAAUGAGCUUGUAAAGAAGGGAAACCAUAAGAAAGCUAUUGAGAAGUACAGUGAAAGCCUCUCGUUUAGUAACCUGGAAUCGGCCACGUACAGCAACAGAGCGCUCUGCCACCUGGUCCUGAAUCAGUACAAGGACGCGGUGAAGGACUGCACCGAGGCCCUCAAGUUGGACGGGAAGAACGUGAAGGCCUUUUACCGGAGGGCCCAAGCCUACAAAGCACUCAAGGAUUACAGAUCCAGCUCUGCCGACCUCAGCAGCCUCCUGCGGAUCGAGCCCACCAACGGCCCCGCGCAGAAGCUGCAGCAGGAAGUCAAGCGGAAUUUAAACUGAGCCCCCGGAGGGCGGCCAGGACGCGCCCGCCUGCCCGCCUUCCUCUGUGCCUGCCCGCGGGCCCCAGCAUGCCCCAGCCUGAGCCCUGCGCGCCCCUGGCCCCAAAGCGGAGCUGCGGGCUCUGUCCCCAUCCUGCCCACGCUUCAGAUCCGGCGCUGCCCCUCUCUCUCCACCGGGCAUGACGAGGGGCCAGCGGGCUCCGGGCCCCGGGCCACCUGGUGAGCUGGUUUCACUGGCCGCUGCCUCUGCCCCGGCCGCGGAGCCCCACAGCCUCUCGACUGCGGCUCCCUUGGCCCUUCCCGACUGGGCGUCACUGCAGUGACCGUCUGUGUCGCUGCCUCCUGCGUGGAGGCAUCUAAGCUGUCCCCAAAGCACAGAAUGGGUGGCCACCCCAGAGGGGGCAGGGAGGAAGAGCGUCAGCAUCCCUCCGGGCCGGAACAGGCCUGGGACCCUCCCAGCGGCCCCUCAGGCGGCUUCAUUCUUUGGAGCAUGUUCGUUUGAACUCUCUCCCUCUCUCUCUUUGUUGAAUGUAUUAUAAGUUACAUUAAAAGAUUUUCUUCUACAUAAA